GAAUCACUGAGCGUUUACUGAGCUGCUUUUUCCGCUGAACGCAGCCAAUCUUAAAUUGACAGUUCGUCGAUCGUCGUUCUGUCAUUUAAUAUCGUUAUAUAUUUAGAUUUAGGGCAGAUUAAUUGUAACUAGUCUAUUGUUGAACUAUAAUAGCAUAAUAUCUUAUAGUUGUUGGUAGUUGUCUAACAAUAGUGACAAUGUGCUUAUUGUAGUGACUGUAGUGAGCGAUUUUGACAGGCAGGAAAGGUUAAGUGAUGUGUGUCUAAGGAAAGGGGUGAAAAUAAGGAUGUUACAUCGGCCCCAUAAUCUUGUCAACUAUAUUCGUAACAUAACAUGCCGUUACCAUGUCGAUCAAUUGUGCAUAUUCCAAAUUGGAUCGAUUAAAAGGCACGCCAGUAUUUUAAUAGUGCCCAAGUAUGGUACACGAUACAAAGUAAAUACGUUUUUGAAUUCUCAAAACAUCGUUGCUAACAAAAAGAUAGGCAGGCAUGGGGAUUGCAGAUGGACUUGCGCGACAAGAUUUUCAUCCAACGAUGCAAAAUCUAAUAAAGAUAAGUCUGAAGUAAAACUAGCUGAGGAGGUACAGCAGAGAAUAAUAGAAUUAAAUGAAGAGAAACUAGGCCAAUUAAAAGAGAGAGUAUUAGACAUAGAGCCAGUUAUUUCUGAUGAAAAGGAGAAGGAAAGGGGACAGACAGUGAAGCUUGUUGAGAAGCAGCCUACGGGAUCCAAAGAACCAUCAAAAGAUGACGUGUCGAAAAAAGCGAAAAAGAAAAUCAGAGUCGACAAGUCGACAUCUUCUUUGGAACGUAACUUUAUUACACCCGUGAGGGCUAUGGCAGAUUUUUUAUUAAAGCCUUCCGAUCUGGAGACUUUGCCAAAAACAAAGAGACGUUCUCCGUAUGAACUUGAACCGCCUAUUACAGUAUAUUGGAGGAAAGAUGUCGAGGCUAAAGCUUUAGAAGUCUGGGGAUCCAGAGAGGCUUUGUUGAAGGAACUUCUGAAGAAGGAAGUUGAGCGGAAGAUCUAUCAGCAAAAUGUUUUUACGGUCAAGCGAAGAUUGAGAGAUUACAGACGGGAAAUUGGCAGCAAAACAGAGAUAAUUCAGAAAGAAGGUCUUUUUGGAAGAUCUGGCAAAGUGGUAUUGACUGCGAUUGCCAUAAAUGCCAGUAAUUUCUUGUGCAAGUUAAUUGCUUGGUUAUAUACUGGCUCACAUAGUAUGUUUUCCGAGUGUGUACAUUCUGCAGCGGAUACCUGCAAUCAGCUGAUUCUAGCGUACGGUAUUCAUAAAUCGGUGCAGAAUCCCAAUCCUGAUCACCCGUAUGGUUAUACGAAUAUGAAGUACGUUUCCUCAUUGAUAUCGGGCGUGGGGAUCUUUUGUGUUGGUACGGGUCUUUCCAUCUAUCACGGAAUUCAUGGUCUUCUUUUUCCCGCGCCAUUAGAUUCUCUCUUUUGGGCGUACUUCGUCUUGGGUGGAUCUCUGCUAUCUGAAGGAGCUACUUUAAUGAUGGCAUUACACUCCAUAAAGAAAGGCGCGGAGGAAAAGAAAGAAAGUCUUAAACAGUUUGUCCUGGAAGGACAGGAUCCGUCUGUGAACGUCGUACUCAUGGAAGACUUUGCAGCUGUACUUGGAGUCAUUGUCGCAGCUGGAUGUAUGGGCUUGACCUCAUAUUUAGAAAAUCCGAUGUUUGACGCUAUUGGUUCGCUUCUGGUUGGCGGUCUGCUCGGUGGAGUGGCAUCCUUUAUAAUCUACUCGAACGUUGCUGCGCUUGUAGGAAGGAGUAUAUCGCAAGAGAAUCUCGAUAAAAUUAAUGCUGAAUUAGAAGCGGAUAUAAUGGUUCGUGCAAUUCAUGACGUGAAAGGCAUUGAUAUGGGUAAUAAUUUAGUGAGAUAUAAAGCCGAACUGGAUUUUGAUGGGCGAGAACUCACGAGAUCUUACUUAGAUAAACAUGACCUUAUUGCAAUGCUGGAGGAAGUGAAAAGCAUGCAAAAUAUUGAUGAAUUGGAGGCAUUUUUAUUGAAACACGGCGAAAAUAUCGUAGAUAUGCUUGGUGGGGAAAUUGAUAGAAUAGAAUUAAAACUAAAGAAAAAUCAUCCAGAAAUACGGCAUUGUGAUUUAGAAAUCCUGUGAAGACUUAUUGAUAUAGCUUAAGUUAAAACUAAAUAAAACUGGAUGUAAAUUAUUAUUUUUACAAUAUAUUUAGUAUAAUUACUCUUAGAUGCUUUUGUCAUAAAAUACAAGUUUUAUUUAAUACUAAAUGAAAAUCAAUUUUUGUAAAUGUUUUAUGUAUAUUGUACAGAUUUUGUGAAAAUUACAUACUAUUCAGUAUAAUAACUCAAUAGAAAU